AUGUGGACAUCUCGGUCUGGAAAAGAACAGUCACUAAAGACUCCACUAAAGACGCCCCUCACAUUCUUUUCAAUCGAAAAGGCCACGAUUGUUAGAUGGACCAGACCAACUGGGCACUGGAAGAAACUAAAUGUAGACAGCUCAUCAUGGGGUAACCCAGGGGCUGGAGGUGGCGGACGUGUUUACCGCAAUGAAGCUAGGAAUCUGAUUUUUGCCUUUCAAAACAGCUAUGGCCACGUCACCAACAUGGUUGCAGAAGCCAGAGCAAUGAUCGAUGGGCUCACACUUUGCAAGGAUAUGAGACUAUCCUCGAUCAUUGUUGAAACUGAUUCCCGCACCCUUUUUGACGCCGUUACUAGUCACUCAAAUUCCUGCAGUUGGAGACUUUGGUACGUUCUAGAAUCUAUCCACCAUCUCUCCCAAUCUCUCAAUCUCAGUUUCAGUCAUAUCCUGAGGGAAGGCAACUUUGUGGUGGAUGGCCUAGCCCACAUUGCGAGCAACAGCGCCCCAAACAAACUCUUUCUUAACAUCGCUGAUCUCCCAAGGCCUGUUAGAGGUUCCAUGAUCCUUGACAAAGCUGGGGUGGGCCAGAUUCGACACUGCAGGCCCAAGAAAGGAAUCAGUUAA